AUGGAGUAUCCCCCUCAAUACCAACAACCUCACAAUCAGCACCCACAUGCAUCCUCACACAUGCCUCCAUACCAAUCCUCAACUGGUAAUACUGGCCCGCCGGUCGGGUCUAUCACGUCCCCCACAAACCCUCAACCGCACAUGCAACACCCCCAUUCAAACCACCAGGCUUCUCCAAUCCUCCCUUCACAAUCACAUUACCAACAAACACAAAGUGCGCCCGGCCAGGUACACCAGCAGAUGAACUUCCCUCAACAGUACGCUCCACUCCCACAAACGUAUGGAAUUUCUCCUACCCAAGCCGCUGCUGCCGCUGCCGCGAUGGCCACUGCCGCUGCCUCGGGUCAUCAGUUCUACCAACCGUUGCAUCAAGACUCAAUGGGCGGUGGAUUGCCACCAGGCGCUCGGGGUUCACCAAGGUUACCAUCUUCUCAGGUGAAAAAUGAACGACAUCCAAGAUCGCCACCACAGGUACCCGGCCAAAUGGCACCGCUCUCCAACCAAGUGCAAAUGCCGCAAAAUGCGUCGAUACAACAGCAGCAACAACCAUCAUCACAACAACAGCCACAACAACAGCAGCAGCAGCAGCAGCAGCAGCAGCAGCAACAACAACGUCGCAUGAGCCAACAGAUCAGCAGCCCCCAUGUACAAAACGCCCAACCCGCCCUCAACCAUAGCCACAACCACACCAUGCAACGACCCCCACCGGGCCCCUCACCAAUGUCCGCCCCGCCUCAACAUCCUCAGCAUCCUCAACACCCGCAACACCCGCAACAUGCGCAGCACCCCCCACCGCCACAGCAGCAACAGCAACCCCCCCAACCUUCCCAAGACCUCGUCACCACGACCUCCACCUCCGCUCCUUCCGCCCCACCUGCUGAAGAAUCACCUCUUUAUGUCAAUGCCAAGCAAUUCCACCGCAUCCUCAAGCGGCGCGUCGCGCGACAAAAGCUUGAAGACCAACUUCGCCUCACCUCCAAGGGCCGCAAGCCCUACCUCCACGAGUCACGACACAACCACGCCAUGCGCCGGCCGCGCGGACCAGGUGGCCGAUUCCUGACAGCCGAGGAAGUAGCGCAGAUGGAGAAGAACGCCGCGCUAGGCGUUACCGGGAUUGAGAAUUUGCCGAAUCAUGGAAAUAAUAACAAUAAGAACAAUAACUCCGCUGGUGUUGGUGGGACCAAAGGGAAUUCACAUCCGCAAGUUCAUUCGCACGCAUCUGCGCAGAAUGUGUCACCGGGGCAGAAGCGGAAGGCGGCGGCUGCUUUGAGUGGGAAUGCGCAGCAUGGUGGUGCCCAUGGGGGAAAGAAGUCGAAGACAAGCGGUGCUGGUACCGGUGCAGUUCAAAGGAGACCGAGUACGAGUGUGGAUAGUGAUGGAGAUGUGGAUGAUGACGGGUAG